AUGUCUGAUCUCACAGAGACCAAAAGUCCUGUCCCCGGGAAAUCCAGCGAGCCCGAGGCAACCGAGCCAGACACCACUCACAAACCGCCGCAAAGCGCCCCAGAUGGCACCGAAAACGACAUUCCACCCCGGCCUGAGAUUCUCCGGUCGCUUUCCAACAAAGAAUUCACAGCAUGGCGCGAGUAUCUAGGGGACAGGGAGAAGCCGAAGGAUUACAUCAAUUGGAAGUUGAAAAUGAUCGGCGAAUCUCAGCAAGCCACAACAAAUCAGAGUGCCGGGAUUCAGCAUCAACAUGCAGCUGGGGAACCAGGAAUCGGAGAGCCGUCUUCCUCUGGUUCUAGCAGCAGGUUGCAAGAGGAGAUGCCCAAGAGAACUGAGAAGCACGAUGAGACACUGGAGACUAAGGCGAAGCAAGAUGUCUUGGAGGGAAAGGAGGAUGAAUGA